UGAUAUUUCAUUCAAAAUUCUAAAUCCAUUUUUGGAAUCGUGCGUAUUUUUUUGUGUUUCAAAAUAAUUUUGAAAUUAUCGAAACAAACUUCUUAUCCAAAUUUGAAUAAAAAAAAAUUGAUUCAAUAAAUUUUCACAUCAAAAGAAUUUGUGCCCAUUCAAUACGAACAAAAGCAACAGAAGAAACAAAAGAAAAAACAAUAAUUUCUUGUGUCAUAAAGAUCAAAAUAAAUAGGUGACGUCGAUUGUUUUAUACUGUUUAAUUACGAAUUUUUUUUUAUCAUCCACUAUAAAUCAUCAUGGCAAUUAUUCUUAAUGAUAAUGAUAAAUUAAUUAUUAUUGCUAUUGCGGCAACAUUAAUUUUAUUAACAUUAUUGGUAACAAUUUGUGUUGUUUGUCCAUGGUGUCCAUUUCAUCGUUGUAUAUUGAAAUCAAAACAAAAGAAAAAAGCCUUAAAAACUAGUUAUCCAACGAUAGCUAACCAACAGAAUCCUGAAUCACAACUUUUUCAUUUUUCUAUUGUUCCUGUAUAUGGAACUAAAACACAUUUACAAACACCUACAACACCAUCAUCAGAUAAUAAACAACAAUAUUAUCAACAACAGUAUAAAAAUCAUUCCUAUAAUAAUGGCCAUCCACAUCAUCCAAUAUUGAACAAUCAAUUUGAACAUUUAACAAAUUUAGCAAAAUUACGUUAUUCAUUACAUAGUAAUAAUGAUGAUAAUAAUAAUAAAAAUGAUCAAAUAUCAUCAAUAAAUGUCAAAUUACCAAAAUUAGAAGCAACAAUUUAUUAUCAAUCAAUAUCCGUAAUGGAAAAUUCCAAUAUUAAUAAUAAUGAAUCAUCAAACAUUCGUAUACAUAUGGCUAUUCAUCGUGUUUUUGAUCUUUCCAUCAAUGAACUUUCAAUCGAACCAUCACCAUAUGUGGUAGCUAUAUUAACCGGUGGUUAUCGUUUACAACGAAAAAGUUUAGUCAUUAAUAAAGUUUUACAAAAUGAAAUGUUUCGUACCGAAACGAUUAAACGUACAUUGGAUUCAAAUUUUAUUCAACAAAAACAAUUCAUCAGUGAACCAUUAUCAAAAAAUAUAUUAAAAGAUGCUGUUAUAAAAUUACGAUUAAUGCAUGAUGAACGUUAUGCCAAUGAUAUUUGUUUGGGCGAAAUAAGUAUACCACUUAAAAAAAUUCAAUCAUUUCAAGAACUAAAACAACAAUCAUUAAUGAAUAAAAAUGUUGACAAUUUUAAUAAUAAUGAAAAUAGUGAUAAUAAAGAUAGCGAUUCGUUGAACAAUAUUGGUGAUAGUAAUAAUAAUAAUGGUGAUGAUGAUAUCGAAUCCAAUUUACAAUUUCAAUCAAAUAUUUAUACAUUAUUUCCAAUCAAAGAAACUAAAGCUGAACUAAUGGUAGGUCUUUGUUAUUUACCAACAUCUCGUCGUGUAAAUAUUACAAUCAUCAAGGGUACAAUACGAAAUUCGAUAUUUCGAUUCAUUGAUCAAUCAAUUCCGACAUCUAAUCAUCAAGCCUUCUAUAUAAAGGCACUUAUGUUUCUAAAUGGAAAAUUGAUUAAAAAGAAAAAAACUUCCUCAAGCAUUCGAUUAGCGUGGGGUAAAGAUGAAAUAAUUUCAUUCGAUUUAUUACCUGAAGAAUCCAGUGAACAGAUGUCAUUGAUGUUAAUUUUAGCAUAUAAAAUGCAGGAUUCAAAUUCACCAGAAUCACCGGAUAGUCCAGAAAAUCCACAGCCUCCAACAUUACAAUCAUCAUCUGUCAAAAUUAAUCAUAAUAAACAAUCCAAUACAAAUUCUACACUUCCGUCAAUAGCAUCAACGAUAACAUCAAACAAAAACAUAAUUAAUGAUAAUCAUAAUAAUAACAACAACAUCAAUAAUCAAAAAACAUCUAAAAAUAGUCCCAGAAAUAGUUUGCGAAAAGAAUCCUGUAUUGGACAUUUUAUUUUGGAUCGUCAAACAUGGAUUGAAAUUCUACGAAAACCUCGUCGACAAAUAAUUAAAUGGUAUAAACUGCAUUAGAAUAUUGUGUGUAUUGUGUGCAUAAGCAAACAAACCAAAAAACAAAAUGUAAAGAAUAAAAAAAUUAAUCCACUCUGUAAAAAUCAAAUGAAAUUAUUUUUUUUCUGUCAAAAAUCU